AUGGUAACUCUACCAUAUGUUGAUGAAUUCGAAGAAGCCCAGAUUCCUACCAAGGCUCGGUCCAUCCAAAUGAAUAGAGAUCUGGUCAAAAUCUGUACAGAUGAGAUAGCAAAUCUUCUAAAAAAGGGGCUUAUAAGCCCAUCUAAAAGCCUGUGGUCAUGUUCGGUCUGUUAUGUCAACAACCAGGCCAAAAACGAGCGUGGUAUCCCUAAGCUUGUCAUCAAUUACAAGCCUCUCAACAAAGUUCUCAAAUGGAUUAGAUUGAAGAAGAAUCCAAAGCCAUGGACUGUAGAACAUACACGCGCAGUCCAAUCAAUCAAAACUUUGGCCAAAAGCAUUCCAUGCUUAUCCAUUAUUGACGACAAGGCCAAAAUUAUUGUUGACACCGAUGCCUCUAACAUAGGAUACGAGAGUGUCCUCAAACAGGAGAUUCACAGAAAAACUAUGGUUGUCUGCUAUCAUUCUGGAGUCUGGAAUAGUGCACAGAAGAACUAUUCCACCGUGAAGAAGGAAGUACUCGCAAUAGUACUAUGUGUUUAG